AUGUCCGUGGACGCUACGGUUCGCCACGUAUUCGGCUACGACGGCAGUGCCGGCGAUUCGCCACCUCUGCAACUCGCAGACGAGUCCACGCUCGUGUACGUAAGUGGCCACACGCUGCACUUCACGUCCACGACGACUCCAAGUCAACACUUCCUGCUACGCUCUCAGCCUCGCAAACUCGUGGCUUUCGACUUCAACUGGAAAACUUCAACUUUCGCCAUCGUAGCUCGGGAACCAGACGCGACGAUUUCGUUGUACUCGUACCCGGACAAGAAGGUCAAAGACCAGCUAAAGAGCAGUGACGACCAAGUGCUCGAGUAUUCUCUAGUAAAGUUUUCUCGCUGUGGACGUCGACUACUGAGUAUUCGUCCCGCUCCACCGGAUGGAGAAGGGAGAGAUCCGGUACUCUGUGUAUGGGAUGUGGACACACUAACACCCGUACCAGGGUGUGAACACUCCCGUAUCUGUGGACCAGCACGCUUCGCUUCGUUCGAUCCUGUCAAUACAAACCAGUUCAUUGUUGGAGGAGACAACGGACUCCAGGUCUGGAAAAUAUACGCAGGAAAAACCGCCACGUCGAGUUUAUUGAGACCGGAGACGGUGACGCUGCCCGCUCCCUUGAAAGACGACGGGGAACAACCUACCGACGUCGAUUGGGAAGAGAAACGCACACAGUUUACCUGUCACGCGUGGCUUCCACGUAGUCGCUUCCUCGUUGCCAAUCUAGCGGGCGAACUGCUUCUCGUUGAUGCUGUGGAAGCCAAAGUGGUGCAACAUGUGAAGACCGCAACUCGACCGGAUCGUUGCUACAUUGCAGGCGUCGUGGCCACAGCGGAGACUGUGGUGGUUGCCUAUUCGGACGGAGCAUUAGCGUGGCUUCAGAUCGAAAACUGGGAGUUAAUAACUAGUGGGAUACUGCCAGGAGGACUACCAGCUUCGAGUGUCACGGUCAUGGCACCGACGCCAACAUACGCGAAAGCCUACGUGGGUACUCGCAAUGGGAAAAUCUUCGAGAUCCGCACGACAGUUUUGCAAGACGACGAGGAAGACGUUGAGAACGAAGAGGAAGAGAGUAACACACAUCGGUCUUCCCAAUCCAGUCGUAGAAACGACGAAUUGGCUCUGGUACUUCCAUGUGCGAGUUUCCCGACCGGUCCGGCUUGUGAUAGCACCGUGUUCACCCCGUUUGGAGGUACAUUUUCAGCUGACGCAUUGAUGGCAACUGGAGGGUUGAAUGGCUAUCUAGCGCUCUGGGGUCUUCGAGAGUGCCGUCAAGCUGCAGAGAUCAACAUCGCUGCGUUGUUCUCUCAAGACCCAACUACAAUUGGAGCUCCAACGGAUUCAAACUUCCGACCAGGAACCAGUACAACUGAUCUCACUACCGAAUCGACUGCAGCUCUCUCCCUUGUGGUCAUUACGGCGCUGGCGUCGCGGCCAGGAGACCCCGUAGUGAUGAUUGGAGAUCAUCAAGGAAGACUACGAUCGCUCUGCGUUGCUAAACUCGUCGGUGGAGCAGGCAAAUGUGAUGUCCUCCCGCAACAUUCGGUGCAGUUGCUGCCCGUUGAUGCACCAAUUGACCUUCUAGUUAUGCACCCAGUACACCCCGUACUGCUGGUAUCUUCUACACAUAGUGGACAGGUCUUCUUGGUGUCCAUGGACCACGAAAAACGAUUCCCAGUCCAAGCGUUUUUCACUCUUCAUAAGCCGAAUGAACGGAUCGUAGACAUGCAGUGGAGCUCCACAAGUAGUAGCAGCAACAGUACCCUCACACUCACAUGUUUCUCGUCACGUGGAGUAUUCUACAGUGCACGAUACCAGGCCCCUCCUCAAGAAGAUAUCUCGGUAGGCAGUGCAGCCUUUGGUCGUCGAGACGUCUCUCCAAGAGGAGCUUUGCAGCUUGCUCCCAAGGUAAUCGCCUUUGGUGAAGCGGUUCUACCCGUGUGCUCUCGCCUACGUUUCUUGUCGGCUUCUUCCAGUAGUUUGAUGAUCGCAACCUCUCCGGAUCGUCCAGAGCUCACGCUCUUGAAAUACCGCGAUGUGCUGCGUGAAUCCACGGACGAGAUUGGUGUUUUCUCCAAAGUUCUCAUCAAGCGAGCUCAUGCUCGUGGAAUCUCGGCCGUAGCUCUCUUUCCUCGCGUUCUUCAGGGAGAUGUCGAGCUGCUCGUUACCGGUGGAAUGGAUGGUACGAUCACGCUUUGGACACUCGCAGCUAUAAAUUCCCGGUAUCAAGCUAAGACUUCAAUAGAAAGUGACAGUGCGGGUACUUCCAAUGAACUGCAAGACUUGCAAGCCACUAAGAAGCGUACGCUGGUGCUUCACAAUGGUCCAGUGACAACCUUAAAGUUCAUUUUCUCUAAGGGGGGGACCCCUUCUGAAAGUGGCGGCCCGGCAAACAUCCAAUUGGUUUCUACAGGUGUGGACGGUUGUGUCUUCCUCCUGGAUGUACGAAUGUCGGCUGAACUACACGCUGAAGGUAUGAGUCUGAGCGGCACACAGAGCUCCGAUCCGACCAUGAGUCCGCAGUAUAUGAACGUGGUUUCAACCGCCAAAUACGACGACGUUUUCCAGCCUGAACGGGAGCAGGAGCAUACGUCGUUCCUUGAGGCUCGGACGCGUGCUGAGACGAUGGCAGCUCGGGAUCGCUUCGAUCGAGGCAAGGACGCCACUCGUAUUAAACUACGAGAGCUGGAGGGAAGACUCAAAGGGAUGCUGGCUGAGAACGAGCAACUGCCAGAGAGUGAACAGCUCGCACGGGAAGAAUUCGUGCUCAACGUAGCGUGGCGCGACAAUCUGCUGGCUCAACACGCUGCACGCGCUCAACGUGUGCGCGAAGGAAUCGCACGUGACCUCGCUCGAAUGGCAAUUGUUCGUGAGCGAAUGAAACGUGAAUUCUGGGACGGAGCUGAAGUUCCUGGUGUCCGUCUCAACGCUCUCUCGCCUCCCAUUAGCACUGGGACUCAGCAGCAUCAACAGUCGACAACAGGACAGUCGGCCCCAGCUUUCGUCAAUAACUUCCCAAUGCGACGACAGACUCCACGCGAGCAAAAACUGGCAAAGCAGGUCGCAAUGCUUCGCCUCGUGGAGUUUUCCCAUCAUCAACAAGAAGACCGCGAGGGUUCUUCAUCCGAUGUACGCACAAGAUUCCAAGACACAGUUCCCAGCGACCUGGAGUGGGUUUUAAACACCAGAGCGCUGCAUCCAAAGCCUCAACAAGGCUCCUCUUUAACGGAUGCUGACGUAUUUGAGAACGCGAAGAUGCCGAGCUUCCACUUUGUGUAUCACCCUGCUGCUGUACGCACACACAAGCAAGCUCGAGUUCAAAUGCACCUUCUUAACUGCUACGCCCGUGAGCUUCGACAUGUUUUUAACGCUGAGUUCCAGGAACUUGUGCGUCAGAAGGAGACUGCGAUGGAGCAGAUUGACGCCAAGAACGCUCGUAUUAUGGAGAUCACGGCCGAACUGAACGUCGGAAAUGCUGGAGACUUGUUCAAGCCGCAGUGGGCGUCAGAAGAGAAAGCGGAUUCUAUUCUAAAGGUUUCAUCGGAAGAAAUGACCCAGAAGCCGUACGAGACCACUGAGCGACGCAAGCAGCGAGAGCGAGAAGCUCAGGAAGCGACCGAGAGAGAGAAGGCGCGUAAGAAAGACGACGUUGGUGGGCGGGCUUUAAUAGAUAUGAUGGACGGCACCUUGGAGGUGAGGAAGGACCCGCUAGCAGCUCAGGAACUGGUGAAAGAAGCUUGGAUGCUGACUAUCCCACCCGAGGAGAUGACAGCGGAGCAGAAGAAACUUGUAGCGCAAUUUGAAGCUGCUCAGGCCAAAUUUGAAGAGGAGAAGGAGAAGUACCGCAAAAGUCUGGACUUGGAGCUACGCAAGACUCGAGGAGAAGUGAUCGAUCUGUGUCGUGCUUUCGAUGAGAAGCUGCGAGCUUUGCGUGAUCGAUACAUGGCUACACAUCGCGCUGUACUCGCUCAAGAACUCUACGAACUCCGUUUAGGCGAAGAACUUAUGGCUCGUGAGCAGUUGGAGAUCGAGACGGAGCGACUUGAAGACGACGCGCGGGAAAUGCAAGACAUCGAAGCUCGAGCUCAAGCGGAAAGCGACCGCUUUGCAGCACAGCUGGAAGCCUGUCGCGAAGAGUUUCAUCGCGCCACUGAAGAAGAUAAAACACUCGAGAAGAGCUUUAUGCGCGAGCUAGAGGAGAUGGUUCAGAGCAGUGGAAGUGCAGGAGGUGGGACGCCAACAGCAAGCACGAGUCAACUGGACUCCCCAGAGAUCACCAAGCAUCUCGUCGAGCUUUACCGUAAACGUAAACCGGAUGAUCUUGUACAUGUCCGAGACGGGACGACAAGCCAAGAGUCUAUCAAGCGUGAACCUUCUAUUGGAGCAAACAAUCUCGAUUCUGAAGCCAAUCUAGACCCGUUCCAACAUCUAGACAAAGAGCAGCGUAGUAACUCGAGACGUGGAAGCUUUGCGGGUGUCGAAUCCGGAAGCCAGAAGCUCGUUGUGACGCCUCUGGACUACGUUGCGGAUCGUCCGGAAGGUGUCCUGAUCGAGGAUCGGAUCUGGAGAGCCUUAAAUGCUCUGCGUGCCAAGAAAAUCCUCGCAGAGCACGCAGUACGCGAUAAGACGGAGUUGCUGACGCUCGCUAAAGCUGUCAGUGACGAACUUCGAGUUAAUUUAUCAGAAUUACAGCGACAGCGUAGGAAGCAGAAUCGUGAACGAGAAUCGUUGACUCAACGUCGCUCGGCAUGGGCGGAGAGUGCACCUUUACUUGUACGCAUUAAACAGGGUCAAGACGAAACGCCAGUCGGUAGUAGCGGAGACGACGCGCUGCUCGUUGCUCGAACGAGCGUCGAAGCGCUAAAUGAUGUGAUCCAGCUACACGGCAAAGAUCAAGUCGGUGUCCUCGGUCGUAUUAAAGACUUUCGCAAAAGUAUCAACGUUAUGGAAUGGGAGCACGCGUUGCUGGAGCUUCAGGCUCGCGAUAUGGAUGAACGCUACACAGACAUCCAAUUGUUGCGUGUGACUAAGGACCUGCAAGAGCUCUUUCAUACUGGAGACACAUCUCACAAACAGAAACGUCAAGCAGCCAUGCUCGAGGCCAAGUUGGCGCAUUUAGGUCGGCACCAUCAAACCACGUUGCUCAAGUUGGAGCGAACGGGUUCUCAUCUAGAGCAUCAACUGCAAGAACGUGAACGUGAGAACCAGAAUUUCCAGCAACAAGUAGCUCAACUCGAGACUCAAGUGCAGAUUCGUGAGGAUAUCUUAGCAAGUCGAACCAGUGCAGCCAUGCGCCAGAAAAGAAGCGGAGGUGCUCGGGGCGAUGAUGCGAGACUCAAGGCUAUUGCUGUGAGACGGAAGCUAGUGGAUCUGGCAAAAGCCCAGACGGACGAAAUUGAGUACUUGCGUCUUGAGCUUGACAAAAUGAGACGACGUACGUUCCCAAGCUUCGCGCAUGUGAAUGCCCGUGAGUAUCACGACGUGGACUGA